AUGGCUUCAAGUACGAGCAGCAGCAGGUUGGGUCAUCUGGACGCCACCACCGGUCGUCCUGUCGUCUUUUGCCACGCCUGCCAUAAUGAGUGGUACGGUGACGAGCGUGGCCAAGACUUGUGCCCGGCCUGUGGAGGGGACAUAAUUGAAAUCGUCAAUCCGGAUAACGAUCCUCGGGAUAUGGACUAUGACGACGACCUCACCGCCUCCAGCCCAGACCUCCAACCCCGCCGCCAUUCUGAAGAUUCGGACCCUGAGGAGGCCGAUAUCGAGGAGCAUAUUCAUCCUGCUCACCCAGCGGGUUUCUUCUUCAAUCGACCGGGUUGGCCGGAGCCGCCUGCUGACCACCGGCGCGACGCUUGGCCGAGCACUGAAGAUCGAGAUGCUCACGAUCCGGAACUUGCUGAGAGUGAAGCGGCGACUUUACGUAGGUUUUUGGACAUGGCCGGUAGCUUUGGGGUCGGUCGAAUCCUCCCCGGAAUGCAAACUCAGAAUCGCGAAACUUUCACACUGGGCGGUGGAAGUGUGAGGCGCACAACUUUUACGAGCGGUAACGGCAGGCACACCACGAGUGUCACGAUAACGUCGGGUCCUAUCCACCUCGGCCCUCGAAGGAAUGGUGGUGGCGGCGGUGACGAUACUGCCGCCUUUGACCAGUAUGUUCCCGCCUUUGACCGAACUAUGCUGGGAGGCAUGGUACCUCGGCCUCCCCCGCCACCUCCCCCUGGUCGCGAGGGUGCAGAUGGUGAGCGGGCUACCGGUGGUGCUGGUGGUGCUGAUGGCGCGGGCAGUGCUGGUGCUGGUGGCGAGGGAAAUCUUCGAGACCCUGCCUCGGAACUUCUCAUCAGCCUCCAAAAUCUUCUCGGCCUGCUCGUCGACCCUGCCAAUGCCCGACACGGCGAUGCCGUUUAUACACAAGAGGCGCUGGAUCGGAUUAUCUCGAACCUGAUGGAGAGUAAUCCCCAAUCGAAUGCGGCGCCUCCCGCCUCCGAAGGCGCGUUGGCUAACCUCGAGAGGAAAAAGAUGGACUCUGACAUGCUUGCCGGCGUCGGUGGUAGUGUCGAGUGCACUGUCUGUAUUGACGAGAUCAAGAUUGCCGAGGAAGUGGUGUAUCUGCCCUGCAAGCAUUGGUUCCACGAGGCUUGCGUAGUCAUGUGGCUAAGGGAGCACAAUACGUGCCCCAUUUGCCGAUCGUCGAUCGAGCCAAACAACGGCAGCCGCAGCAACAACAGCGCCAACAACAACAACGAUAAUUCCAACACUAGCAACCGUAACCCUACUAAUCCACUAGGAUUCGGACUCGGAGGUGGGCUACCCGGACUACAGCAGAGGCAAGAUUCUCAGUCCCGGGCCCAGGACCCUCGGGGCAGGCCGGCGGCGUUUGGCUGGACGGCAUUCCUCGAUCCACCCAGCGGACGAAGGUCCGCUGUUGGCACGAACUUAAACCUCCGUGACACCUUACGUCGAACUACGACCGGCACAAGCGCAGACCGCGACCAGCGCUGGCCUAAUGUUGGAUCUCGACGAAGCUCGAUGUCCCCUCCCAAUACCGCCGACGCUGGAUCCAGGACAAGAACUAGGAGUCCGUCAACGAACAGCAGACGGUCAGCCCCCUCAGACCAGGACAACCAACGUGAGAGUGGCAGCCGCUUUAGCUGGUUCCGGGACCACUUUGGAAGGAGGUAG